AUGGCCUACGUGUUAACUGAAACCGCUGCUGGUUAUGCCUUGUUGAAGGCCUCUGACAAAAAGAUUUACAAGUCUUCCAGUCUAGUGCAAGACCUAAAGAGCUCUGAAAAUGUGCUAAAGCAGUUCAAGGUGGCCGCCUUCUCGAAGUUUGCCUCUGCAGCAAAUGCUUUGGAGGAGGCAAACUCUGUGAUCGAGGGUAAGGUCUCUUCUCAGCUUGAGAAGCUUUUGGCCGAGGCUAAGUCGGAUAAAAAGUCGACCUUGGUUGUGUCGGAGACCAAGCUUGCCAACGCGAUCAACAAGCUGGGGUUGAACUUCAACGUUGUAUGCGAUGCAGUGACUCUUGACAUCUACCGUGCGGUGAAGGAGUAUCUUCCUGAAUUGUUGCCAGGUAUGACGGAUGGCGAUCUGUCUAAGAUGUCGCUAGGUUUGGCCCACUCCAUCGGCCGUCACAAGUUGAAGUUUUCGGCUGACAAGGUGGAUGUGAUGAUCAUUCAGGCAAUUGCUCUUCUUGAUGACCUGGACAAGGAGUUGAACACCUACGCCAUGAGAUGCAAGGAGUGGUACGGGUGGCACUUCCCAGAGUUGGCCAAGAUUGUGACUGAUUCUGUCGCAUUUGCUAGAAUUAUCUUGACCAUGGGUGUCAGAUCCAACGCUGCCGAGACUGAUAUGUCGGAGAUCUUGCCCGAGGAGAUUGAAGAGCGUGUCAAGUCCGCUGCUGAAGUUUCUAUGGGUACCGAGAUCACUCAGGUGGACUUGGACAACAUCAAGAGUCUUGCGGAACAGAUUGUAGAGUUUGCCGCAUACAGAGAGCAGCUCUCUAACUACCUGUCGUCCAGAAUGAAGGCCAUCGCACCAAAUUUGACCCAACUGGUUGGUGAGCUUGUGGGCGCUAGAUUGAUUGCUCACGCGGGUUCCCUUGUGUCUCUUGCCAAGGCGCCUGCAUCCACCAUUCAAAUCUUGGGCGCGGAGAAGGCAUUGUUCAGAGCGCUAAAGACGAAGCACGAUACACCAAAAUACGGUCUCCUAUACCACGCCUCCUUGGUCGGUCAGGCCACUGGCAAAAACAAGGGUAAAAUCGCUAGAGUGUUGGCAGCCAAGGCUGCUGUUUCCCUGCGGUACGACGCAUUGGCUGAGGAUAGAGAUGACUCUGGUGACAUUGGUUUGGAGGCCAGAGCUAAGGUUGAGAGUAGACUAUCCCAGCUGGAGGGCAGAGAUCUAAGAACUACACCAAAGGUCUCUCGCGACGCGAAGAAGAUCGAAAUCUCGGAAGCUCGUGCUUACAACGCGGAUGCGGAUGCUGCCACUGCUCCUGCUGACUCUACACCUGCUGACUCUGACGACGAAGAGGAAGAGGAGAAGAAGGUAAAGAAGGACAAGAAGGACAAGAAGAGAAAGAGAGAAGAAGACGCCGAGGAAGAGGACUCCAAGAAGUCGAAGAAGGAGAAGAAGGAGAAGAAGGAGAAGAAAGAGAAGAAGGAGAAGAAAGAGAAGAAGGAGAAGAAAGAGAAGAAGGAGAAGAAGGAAAAGAAGGAAAAGAAAUGA